AUGGACUUCGCAAAACAGUCCCUAGAUGAUCAAUAUGAAGGCUGCAGAGACAAAAUGUUACAAAAAGUGCGAGAAGUUUACCUGAAGAAAGAAUUGAAAAACAGCGAGAACUUUAGAAAGGCUUGGUCUAUGGCUAAAAUUGCAAUGAAAAACAAACCUCUCAAAGGCCUGACGCCAGAACAAGCCACGGCUGUCUACGCUUACUCCACCAAACACAUUUACACCGACUUCAACACAGCGGUCAGAAACGGAGGCGGAAAGAAUUACAAGGCGUUCCCGUUCAAGGCGCUGCAUUUUUAUUUAACCGAUGCCCUGAAGAAGCUGAAAACCAAAUUUAAAAACUGUUAUCAUGUGUACAGGGGCGUUUCCAAGCCCACAAAAGUGAGCUUGGGUCAAAUCAUCCGCUUCGGUCAGUUCACCUCCACUUCACAAAGCCUAAAGGUUGCAACAGGUUACGGGACGGCAACUGUGUUUGUUAUGAAAACCUGCCAAGGCACAUCGAUCGACGAUUAUUCGUGGUUCAUUAAAAACGAAGAGGUCCUGGUGCCGCCAUUCGAGAGGUUCCAAGUGGUGGCCGUCAACGGGAAUCAAAUCAACCUGAAACCACUGCCAAAAACCAAAAGCAUUUAUAACUGUCUGGCAGGUAAGGAGAGAUAG